AAAAAGCAGAUGUUGAUGUCACUUGCACUUCGUUGUUUUCGCGCUGUACUGUUGUUGCUGCUGGUCAGCAGCAGCUGCCCGCCGCCGGUUCGGUGCUCCCUGAGCGGGUUGAGCCAGUACGCCUAUGGGACCAUCCUCUCCCCGCUGUUCAAAGCUCUGUCCGAGCACGGAGGCUCCAGGUGGAACCCGUCAUCAAAGAUCAAACCUGAGCCCAAGUACAUCAAGUAUUUGACGGAUGUGUUCAAGAGAACGUCCGGAGCUCGAAGGAGUCUAGAAGGGGACGCGGUCUACAACGUCGUCAGACUGAUCCAGCCACAGGAGCAUUGUCUUGCUAAAAGCCAUAAAGAGCGUUUCACAUUGGAUCUGUCCUACAGCCUUGAUCGAGUUAGAGAAAAGGAACAGCUCAGGAAGGUGACACUGCUUUACAGUUCCACUCACAUUAACUCCGUGUGCUUCCUGAGCAUCAAGGAGCAGGAGCACUCGAACAAGUGUCCGCUAUGUCCCGGCAUCCACCAAGCUGUGAACUUCACGGCCACUGCGGAUGGCUUGGGAAGAGAGAACUGGGUGGAAGUUGACGUCACUCAGCUUCUUCUGCCGCCUUCAAACUUCCCAAAGCAAAAUGUCCACCUGCACAUCAAUGUCGUCUGCCCCGUGGAGAAGCAACCUGGGAACGAAGGCCAUUUGGAGUUCACCGUGGGGUCCCCUCCAAUACUGCUUUAUCUUCAUGAUGACAGCAAAGUGUCACACCAGACAUUGCCACCCACUGCUGCAAACAUGCUUAAUGAGCAGAUGGUUUUCAAAUCCCAUCAACAAGUGCUUCGAGCCAAGAGACGGCGGCUAAGGAGGGAGUCGGCAAAGAGCAAAGGAAGCGAUAAAAGCCUGGACAUCCACUUGCCGGAGCUUCUUUCAGGCUCGGAAUUUCCAACAAGUUACUGUGCUUUAUAUGAUUUCAGAGUGCGAUUUAGCCAGCUUAAACUGGAUGACUGGAUCGUUUUCCCACCCAAAUAUAACCCCAGGUACUGUAGAGGCAUCUGCCCGCGGACCAGUGGCUUCAUCUAUGGUUCACCGGUCCACACCAUGGUACAAAACAUCAUAUACGAGAAGCUCGAUUCCUCUGUGCCGAGGCCCUCGUGCAUUCCCUCCCAUUACAACCCCAUGAGCGUCAUGAUCUUUGAAGACGGCUCCUAUACUUACAAGGAGUUUGAAGACAUGGUGGCAACCAGGUGCACUUGCCGCUAA